AUGAUAAAGUCUUUAUCGUUAGUUAAGAUUCUCCGACAAUGUUCUAUUCGAUCCAUUAGACAUUUUGAAACUUCUACACAACCACCACCAUUUUCUUCUGAUUCAACAUCAAAUCCAAUUUCUCAACAACUUCCAUUAAUUGUCAAUCGACAAUUAGAAUAUCCUCAUGUACGUUAUCCACCAUUACAAGCUUGGCUUGAAACAUUAGGACAAAAACGUGAUGAAAAAUUAGGUAUUGUUGAUUUACAUCCAUCAAUUUGGCAAACUUCACCGAGAUUGGAUAUUCUCUAUGAAAAUAUUGAAUGGCAAAAAACUUAUAAAAAAAUUGAUUGGGCAUAUACACCUCCACAUCAUGAAUAUCCAAGUAUGAGAGGAAAACCGUGGCCACAGAAAGGUACUGGUCGUGCAAGACAUAGCUCAAGAUAUGAUCCUCAAUGGAAAGGUGGUUAUAAAGUUAAUGGACCUAAAGGUCCAACAUCAUUCUUUUAUGUUCUACCAAAAGAAAAACGUAUUGAAGGUCUUUGUACAGCAUUAACUGUUAAAUUACAUCAAAAUGAUGUUCAUUUUGUUGAUUCAUUUGAUUUACCAACUCAUCAGCCAACAUAUCUUCAAGAAUUAACAGAAGAUCGUUUCUGGGGUCCUUCAAUUCUUUUUAUUGAUGAUACGGAUAUUAUGCCACAUAAUAUGAUGUUUGCAAGUGCUAAAACUGAAGGAUUUACAGUGAUGCCUGUUUAUGGUUUAAAUGUUUAUAGUAUAUUAAAACAUACAACGUUGGUAUUAACUAUUCGUGCAUUAAAUAAAAUAGAGAAAAAACUUUUGCAUGCUUUAAAUUCAUAUGAUACACAAAAAGAUCAACCAGCACCACCCGAUGAACCUUAA